AUGAAAGUGUUAAGCAGCUGUAAUACUUCGAAGACACUAAAUGCUGGGAACAUGGAGAGUCUGAUUGAGUGCCAGUCAGAGGCUGAUGCCAAAAAGUGUCCCCCGCUGGUCCCAGCUGAUACUGAAGACAGACUUUGCCACUCAACUGCCAAUGGAAUAAAGAAAAGAAAGAAGGUGAUAUCACAGUCAUUUACUCUGAGACGAAGCUCUACCAAUGGAAAUUCCCCAGGGCAGCUAGACUUGAAUGCCAAAAUCACUCUGUUUGGCCAACCUCUGGAAAUUAUCUGUGGGGAAGAUGACACGCUGCCCCAGCCAGUCCAGGAUCUCAUAGCUAUAUUGUAUAUGAAAGGACCUUCCACUGAAGGGAUAUUCAGAAAAGCGGCCAACGAGAAAGCACGAAAGGAGUUGAAGGAGGACCUAAACAAAGGCGGAAAUGUUGAUUUGAAAAGCAAAUCUGUGCACCUGCUUGCAGUGGUUUUAAAGGACUUUCUCCGAAAUAUUCCCUCCAAACUCCUGUCGGCUGACCUCUAUGAGAAGUGGAUGCAAGCUCUGGAGAAACCAAGCAAGCAGGAACAAAUCGAGGAACUGAAAGAGGUGGCUGACAAACUGCCUAGACCAAACCUCGUCUUGCUCAAACACUUGCUCUCUCUGCUCCACCAUAUCAGCCAAAAUGCUGAGACCAACAGGAUGGACUCCAGCAACCUGGCCAUCUGCAUCGGCCCAAAUAUGCUGAGCCCAGAGAUGGACAGCCUGGUCCCACUGGAAGUGCAGAAGGAAAUGAAUGAAAAGGUGACAGUGUUGGUGGAGUUCCUCAUAAACAACUGCUCAGAAAUAUUUGGGGAGGACAUUGCCUUCCCUGUCUGUGUUUUGGCUGAGGAGUCACCAGAGCACACAGACAGCUCCACAGAAUACCUAUGUGCUGCUCAUCAGAAUGACUCUGCCUAUGACAGCCCAGAUCCCGAAGCUGAAGGCAGCCCCUGUACCUCUGAGAUGAAGCAGUCCAAAGGCAUGAGUGCUACAGUGAGCAGAAGAUACCCAACACACAUCUCUGCCACUUCACUGGCUGAUUUCAGAAAUGACAUCAGCAAGAUGGACAGGAGGUACUCAGAAUCAGACCUGUCCUUCCAGAACCGCCUUGAUGGCAGGAUAAGAAAACAGAAGCUAAACAAAAGUGAGGACAAUUUUCCAGUUCAGGAGAAACAGCUAGGGUUGGAGGCACUGGAGAAACGGCUUGCAGUCUUACCUUCACAAUUAUCAAAUGACUCUUUACCCAAAACUUCCUCCAGUUGCUCCCUGGAGAGCUCUGAUGGCUCGGUCUUCACCAGCUCUCCAGUAGUUUCGCCCUCUAGUCCCAAAAGAACCUUUUUAAAUAGGCCUCAGUCCUUUUCUACCAAGGCCACUGAAGACUACAGUACACUUAGCAGAGAGAUCAAAAAACAUUCCAUGUCAUUCUCUUUUGCAAACCGCAGGAAAACACUAAUAAAAACCCAGAGUUGGGGGCCUGGAAAAAACAUGUUUUUUCAGAGGGACAGUUUCACAAAGAGAGAAGAUCAGUUCUCCUGCAGAACUGUCCAGGAGAACUAUCUUGAUGAUGACAAAGCAUUGCCUGUGGAGUACCAGCAAAGGCCCCGUUUCAGGUCAGCUGAUGAAGUGUUCAGAGAGGUAGACCAGAGGAAUGCUGGAAGACCACCUUCUUAUGAAGAGGCUAUUAAAAACUGCCUGGCCACUAAAGUUUCCUCCCACAAUCUCACAGUUCAAACUAUGAGAUUAGCAGUGUCAAACCAGGAUGCUUUGCUGCCUCAUCCAUGCAGCAGCAGUGCACAGGACACAGCAUGUACGGCUCUAAGGGAUCUACCCAGUGCCAGGGUUUCUGCAACGAAGGAUUCUGGUGGGGAAACUGAAACCUUCAGUGUCACUGUGGAAGUAAACUCCCGUGUGAGUUUACCCAUGACCCCAGGAGUAUACCGAAUGAGAGCCAUGUCUGAAUCCUACCAAAAGAACAAACUUGAGUAUGUGGCUCGGAGGUGCAGCCAGCCAGUUUUUGAGGUAGACCAGAUCCAGUAUGCUAAGGAAUCCUAUGUUUAG